AUAAAGUUGUUUGGGAUUUAGAUUGUAGAAAUGGGGAAUGUAUGUGUUCAUAUGGUCAACAAUUGUGUGGAUACGAAAUCAAAUUCAUGGGUUCGUCCCACAGAUCUCAUCAUGGAUCAUCCCUUGAAGCCACAACUCCAAGACAAGCCUCCUCAGCCAAUGCUAAUGUACAAGGAUGAUGAUAAACCCAAGCUUAAUGACAGUCAUGGAGACCCUAAAUUACUUAAGGAGAAGGCGAAACCUGCACAGAAGCAAAUGAGUCAGGAACAAGAAGGAAGGAUGAGUGAAACAACAAGGAAGUGCAGUGAAGAAGAGAAUAAGAAGCGUGCGAUUGCUUGUGGUAACAGCAAAAGAAAAGCUCACAACGUAAGGAGACUGAUGAGUGCAGGGCUUCAAGCAGAGUCAGUGUUGAAGACCAAGACAGGGCAUUUGAAGGAAUACUAUAACUUGGGAAGCAAGUUAGGUCAUGGACAGUUUGGGACGACGUUCGUUUGUGUUGAGAAAGGAACAGGGGAGGAAUACGCGUGCAAGUCUAUACCGAAGAGGAAGCUAGAGAACGAAGAAGACGUGGAGGAUGUAAGAAGAGAGAUUGAGAUAAUGAAACAUCUCUUGGGGCAACCAAAUGUGAUCUCCAUCAAAGGAGCUUAUGAGGACUCAGUGGCUGUUCACAUGGUGAUGGAGCUGUGCAGAGGAGGUGAGCUGUUUGAUAGAAUAGUGGAGCGAGGGCAUUACUCUGAGAGAAAAGCUGCUCAUUUGGCUAAAGUCAUACUUGGUGUGGUUCAGACUUGUCAUUCUUUAGGUGUGAUGCAUAGAGAUCUUAAACCUGAGAACUUUCUCUUUGUCAACGAUCACGAGGAUUCGCCUCUUAAGGCUAUUGAUUUUGGGUUAUCUAUGUUCCUCAAGCCUGGAGAAAACUUUACGGAUGUGGUUGGAAGUCCCUACUACAUUGCGCCUGAAGUUCUCAACAAGAAUUACGGUCCAGAAGCAGAUAUUUGGAGCGCCGGUGUUGUGAUUUAUGUGCUACUGUCUGGUUCAGCUCCAUUUUGGGGAGAGACGGAAGAAGAAAUCUUCAAUGAGGUUCUGGACGGUGAGCUUGAUUUGUCAUCAGAUCCUUGGCCACAAGUUUCUGAAAGCGCAAAAGAUUUGAUCAGAAAGAUGCUCGAACGAAAUCCCAAACAAAGACUCACUGCUCAACAAGUCUUGUGCCAUCCAUGGAUUAGGGAUGAAGGAACUGCACCAGAUACACCGCUUGACACGACUGUGUUGAGUCGCUUGAAGAAGUUUUCAGCUACAGACAAGCUCAAGAAGAUGGCUUUAAGGGUGAUUGCAGAAAGGCUUUCCGAACAAGAGAUUCACGAGCUUAGAGAAACCUUCAAGAUUAUAGACAGUGAAAAGAACGGGCGAGUAACUUAUAAAGAACUCAAAAGCGGUCUUGAAAGAUUUAACACAAAUCUUGACAACUCUGACAUCAAUAGUCUUAUGCAAAUGCCAACGGAUGUGGACUUGGAAGACACAGUAGACUACGAGGAAUUCAUAGAGGCGAUUGUAAGACUGAGACAAAUACAAGCAGAGGAACCAAAGGAUCAUUUAGAAUCAUCGACAAAAGUGUAAUGAAGUUGGCGCGAAAGAUAUUGUUGUUGUCUGAAGAAGUGUAAUGAGUACUCAAAACUGAUGAUGACGAAUGUAAGUAAAUGUGAUGCAUUCACUGAUCACUUUAGUCUCUUAGAGCUGUUGUUAUAAAUGUCUCAUAAUGAU